AUUGGAUGGUGAGAAAAGGAAAGACUCCUGUGAGAAGAGAGCAGGAUGAGCAGAGGGAUCUAUGCUUGAAGUCGAGUCACUUGAAAAAGAUCUCUUUGAAUGUGGAAGAGAUCUGAACAGAUGAAAAUACAAUCAGGAAAAUGCAACAUGGCAGCAGCGAUGGAAACAGAACAGCUGGGUGUUGAGAUCUUUGAAACUGCAGAGUGUGAGGAGAAUAUUGAAUCACAGGAUCGGCCUAAAUUGGAGCCAUUUUAUGUCGAGCGAUAUUCCUGGAGUCAGCUUAAAAAGCUGCUUGCUGAUACCAGAAAAUACCAUGGCUACAUGAUGGCUAAGGCACCACAUGAUUUUAUGUUUGUGAAGAGGAAUGACCCAGAUGGGCCUCAUUCGGACAGGAUCUAUUACCUUGCUAUGUCUGGCGAGAACAGAGAAAAUACACUGUUUUAUUCUGAAAUUCCCAAAACCAUCAACAGAGCAGCAGUCUUAAUGCUCUCUUGGAAGCCUCUUUUGGAUCUUUUUCAGGCGACACUGGACUAUGGAAUGUAUUCUCGAGAAGAAGAACUAUUACGGGAAAGAAAACGCAUUGGAACAGUUGGAAUUGCUUCUUAUGAUUAUCACCAAGGAAGUGGAACAUUUCUAUUUCAAGCUGGUAGUGGAAUUUACCAUGUAAAAGAUGGAGGGCCACAAGGAUUUACUCAACAACCCUUACGGCCCAAUUUAGUGGAGACGAGUUGUCCCAACAUUCGGAUGGAUCCAAAACUAUGCCCAGCUGAUCCAGACUGGAUUGCUUUUAUACAUAGCAAUGAUAUUUGGAUAUCAAACAUUGUAACGAGAGAAGAAAGGAGGCUCACUUAUGUGCACAAUGAGCUAGCCAACAUGGAAGAGGAUCCCAGAUCAGCCGGAGUUGCUACCUUUGUUCUUCAAGAAGAAUUUGAUAGAUACUCUGGUUAUUGGUGGUGUCCAGAAGCUGAAACAACUCCCAGUGGCAGUAAAAUUCUUAGAAUUCUAUAUGAAGAAAAUGAUGAAUCUGAGGUGGAAAUUAUUCAUGUUACAUCCCCUAUGUUGGAAACAAGGAGAGCAGAUUCAUUCCGUUAUCCUAAAACAGGCACAGCAAAUCCAAAAGUCACUUUUAAGAUGUCAGAAAUACUGAUUGAUGCUGAAGGAAGGAUUAUAGAUGUCAUAGAUAAGGAACUAAUUCAGCCGUUUGAGAUUCUGUUUGAAGGAGUUGAAUAUAUUGCCAGAGCUGGAUGGACUCCAGAGGGAAAAUAUGCAUGGGCCAUCCUACUAGAUCGCUCCCAAACUCGCCUACAGAUAGUGUUGAUCUCACCUGAAUUAUUUAUCCCAGUAGAAGAUGAUGCCAUGGAAAGACAGAGAUUCAUCGAGUCAGUGCCUGACUCUGUGACGCCACUGAUUAUCUAUGAAGAAACAACAGACAUCUGGAUAAAUAUCCAUGACAUCUUUCAUGUUUUUCCCCAAAGUCAUGAAGAUGAAAUUGAAUUUAUUUUUGCCUCUGAAUGCAAAACAGGUUUCCGUCACUUAUAUAAAAUCACAUCCAUUUUAAAGGAGAGCAAAUAUAAACGAUCCAGUGGUGGGCUGCCUGCCCCAAGUGAUUUCAAGUGUCCUAUCAAAGAGGAAAUAGCAAUUACCAGUGGUGAAUGGGAAGUUCUUGGCCGGCAUGGAUCUAAUAUCCAGGUUGAUGAAGUCAGAAAGCUGGUAUAUUUUGAAGGCACCAAAGACUCUCCUUUAGAACAUCACCUGUAUGUGGUCAGUUACGUAAAUCCUGGAGAGGUGACGAGGCUGACUGACCGUGGUUAUUCACACUCUUGCUGCAUCAGCCGGCAUUGUGACUUCUUUAUAAGUAAGUAUAGUAACCAGAAGAACCCACACUGUGUGUCCCUUUACAAGCUGUCAAGUCCUGACGAUGACCCAACCUGCAAAACAAAAGAAUUCUGGGCCACGCUCUUGGAUUCAGCAGGUCCUCUUCCUGACUAUACCCCUCCAGAAAUUUUUUCUUUUGAAAGCACUACUGGAUUUACAUUGUAUGGGAUGUUGUACAAACCUCAUGAUCUACAACCUGGAAAGAAAUACCCCACUGUGCUGUUUAUAUAUGGUGGUCCUCAGGUGCAGUUGGUGAAUAAUCGGUUUAAAGGCGUGAAGUACUUCCGACUGAACACCCUGGCCUCUCUGGGCUAUGUGGUUGUGGUGAUAGACAACAGGGGGUCCUGCCACCGAGGGCUUAAAUUUGAAGGCGCCUUUAAGUAUAAAAUGGGUCAAAUAGAAAUUGACGAUCAAGUGGAAGGACUCCAGUAUCUAGCCUCUCAAUAUGAUUUCAUUGACUUAGAUCGUGUGGGCAUCCAUGGCUGGUCCUAUGGAGGAUACCUGUCCCUAAUGGCGUUAAUGCAGAGGUCAGAUAUCUUCAGGGUUGCUAUUGCUGGGGCCCCAGUCACUCUGUGGAUCUUCUAUGAUACAGGCUACACGGAACGUUAUAUGGGUCACCCUGACCAGAAUGAACAGGGCUAUUACUUAGGAUCUGUAGCCAUGCAAGCAGAAAAAUUCCCCUCUGAACCAAAUCGUUUACUACUCUUACAUGGGUUCUUGGAUGAGAAUGUUCAUUUUGCACACACCAGUAUAUUACUGAGUUUUUUAGUGAGGGCUGGAAAGCCAUAUGAUUUACAGUUUGUAAUCGUGGACAAGAUGACAGGAGUCCAUUCACUACCCUCCUUUGCUUUUCUUCUUCCCCUUGGAAGGAUCUAUCCUCAGGAGAGACACAGCAUAAGAGUCCCUGAAUCUGGAGAACAUUAUGAACUGCACCUUUUGCACUACCUUCAAGAAAACCUUGGAUCACGUAUUGCUGCUCUGAAAGUGAUAUAAUUUUGACCUGUGUAGAACUCUGGUAUACACUGGCUGUUUAACCAAAUGAGGAAGUUUAAAUUUAAUCAGUAGAGAAUUGAUCAUCACAUUUUGGUACUUGCCACAUAACAUCUACUUCUGAAAGUAUAUCUGGUGCCAUGCAGGUGUUUACAGCUUGUGGAUAGUAAUCUAAUACCUUAACCAUACACACACAAAAUUAAAUGACACAGAUUUCUAAGGGACCCAGCAAUACCUUGAAAAUCACUGAGAAAAAUAAGACAUUAGCACCAUGUAUUCAUACUACCUUAUUUUCAUUUUUAAUAGCAUUAUGAAACCUCAUGGACUUAGUGUAUUUUUACAGUAUACUUCUGAGUUUGUUAAAAUAUGAUGAUAUUAGUGAUUGGCUUGGUUCAAUUCCAGAAUCUCUGACUAGUUACAGAUUUGAUAGCACUUAAAUGUAAUUGAAUAGCUUCUGCUUCAUUGCUUGGGGUGUAUCCAGCAUGUUAUAAAGUAAUCACUAUUAAACCUAAGAUUUAACCAAUCAUUAAUGAUUGUUCAAGGUUAAGUUAGUGGCCUCCUAAAGACACUUACUUUGUUUCAUUCAAACUCUGACCAGUUUUUAGCCAAUUUAAAUUGUAUCUAGUAUAAAUGGUUCUCUUUGAUAUGACCGAGUGGGUUUUUCUUUUCAUAUAAAGGCAAGUAACUAUAUAUGUAGCAUGAUUAUAAUAUUGAUAAUUACAGGCAGGAAAAAUUUAAUCAGAUAAUUAGAGCUUAAAUAUUUGCAGGCAGUUCCUUUCCCUUUGGGAAAAGAAGAAAGUACACAUUCACUCAUAUUCUUCAGAAAAUUUAGUGGUGCCAUUUUCCAUUGGGUAUUUCCUCACUGAAAUGUUCCAGAGUUUUAGGGCAAUGGAAGGGAAUUUUGGUGGAGUCAGGGAGACCAGGGUGUGGAGAAUGGCAAGGAGAGGAGAAGGCAAGGGUCUGCUUAAGAACUAAGCAGAAGUAUAAUCUGACCAAAAGUACUCAUGAAAAAGUUUAAGAAUUGAAAUUUAAACUCCUAGAAUAUUAGUUAAGGAAACCAGAAUUAAGACAUCACUCUCUUGCCAACAGUUACAGACUAACAUUAUUCAGGGGAAGAAAAGCUCCUUACAGUUACUUUUACAUUUCUAAUUCUAAUUUUUUGUUAUUUUCUUCAUAAUUUUGGAAGCCUUACAAAUUGAAACUUUCUUGAACCUUUAUAAAUUAUUUGAGCAUCAUUUAAAUAUUGUGAUCUUAAAAUACAGAGGUUUCCAGACAACCUCUUUACCAUAAACUGAUCCCCAGCCAGCCAUGACUCUUUCAGUGUUCAAAGCUUAUAAGCGAUUUCUUGAAUGGCCAUGACAUUUUCCUGAUUUAGCCCUAGCACUUGACUAUUAAGGGAGCUCAUAGUGCUGAUUGGUGCUGAUUGGGAUCUGUCAUCUUAGAAUCUUAGGGUGCUAGCUGGGUCACAUAGGAGCCAAUGUCAGAGAAGGCACCCAAGAGUUUGACCCUUUUUAUCACAAGCCUCAAUGUUUGGAAAGUCGUUAUCAGUACUUCUAAACAGUGUUCCAAGAGAAAAAAAUUUUAUUCUCUGUCACCAUUACAGAGUGAAUAGAGUCCUAAUCCUAGAGAGCACAGCCUCCAUUAGUAAAGAUAACUGUGCUUGAGAUGUGGACUUCAUCUUUGAGGGCCACAUGGGAGGUGGGAGAGGUCCAGAGAUGGCAGGGUGACCUGGUGGUUCUGUCCAUGGAAGGGGAUUGGGUUUUGCUGUUUUUGUAUUUAUACUGUAUUAUAGGUACCACACUUUUCCCUAUGACUGUAUAUGUAUUGAUUUUCUUGUUUAUGAUAUUUUCCCAUGCUGAGAUAUGUUUAUAUUCUUUUCAAUGUUAAA